AGAAAGUCAGCAUCUUGUCAUUAGUUGCUUUUCGUCUCUUGUAGAUUAUUUAUCAAAUCGCACACCAGGAGCAUUUUCAGAGUAGUGCCUGAAGUGAAGUAUUGAGUAAACACGGGCAAAAUGUGGAAGAUCCUGUUUGUCGUUAGUGCAUUUGUGACCCUUGUGAUUUCACGGCCUCAGGGACCAGGAGAGUUGCCUGAACCGUACGAGUAUCAGUACGAAGUGAAGGAUCCGGAGAAGGAUUUAUUUUUCGAUAAGAGCGAGAGUGGCGAUGCCACGGGAAAAGUCACUGGAAGAUAUAGCGUCCUGAUGCCAGACAAGCGACUCAUGAUUGUGACAUAUUCCGUUGAAGGUGAAUCAGGAUUUGUGCCACAAAUAACGUUCCAGGAUAAUGCCAACCCAUUCUAGUGGAUAGUUAAUACCGACGAGCAUUCUUGAUCUUUCAGUGGAUAAUAUUUUAUACAUCAUGCCCCAAUCAAUAUGAUUUAUAGAAUCUUAAGUUAUUGAAAUUGACGAACGCCAUUCGAUGGAGAUAUUACCCUAUUAUACAUAUGUAUAUAAUCAAAUAUGCAAUAAUUAAAGAGAUGAACAGAAA